AUGAAGUCCAAAAGGGAAGUAUGGUUAGCGGAUCAAGUUGGUAUACGUGGUAUAGAAUUAUAUAUUCCGAAAUUGUAUAUAAAUCAGGAAGAUCUUGAAACGUUUGAUAAUGUUGAAAAGGGCAAAUAUACCAUUGGACUCGGACAGGAUGAAAUGAGUUUUUGUGCUGAUCACGAAGAUAUUACAUCCAUUUGUUUAACAGUUGUAUCGAAAUUACUGCGAAAUUAUAAACUUUCUGCCAAAGAUAUUGGUUUUCUUUGUGUUGGAACGGAAACGCUAAUAGAUAAAAGUAAGAGUGUUAAAACUUCGCUGAUGAAAUUAUUCGAGGAAAAUUGCGAUAUUGAAGGCGUUGAUGUAAAAAAUGCAUGUUACGGUGGUACUCAAGCUUUAUUUCAUGCCAUUGAUUGGAUUUAUGCGAACUGGGAAUUGGAAAAGCGAUAUGCAAUUGCUGUAAUGGCAGAUAUAGCAGUUUACGGUGCUGGACCAGCACGAUGUACAGGCGGAGCUGGAGCCUUCGCGGCCCUAGUUGGUCCAAAUGCAGUAUUGUCGUUUGAAAGAGGACUUCGUGCAGCGUAUAUGGUUGAUGUUUACGAUUUUUAUAAACCAAGUCAACCUGUGCCCUCAGAAUAUCCUGUUGUCGAAGGACAAGCCAGCUUACAGUCUUAUCUCACUGCCGUAGAUGAAACUUACAAGUUAUACUGCCAAAAGGCCAAAAAAUUAAGGGACGAAGUAAUAAAUAUUUCGGAUUUCGAUGGCGUGUUUUUUCAUUGUCCAUUCACUCGUCUUGUUCAAAAGGCCCUUGGUGUGUUGGCAUUUAUUGAUUUCAAGCGUGGAUUAAACAGUCAUUUGGCAGAUAUUGAACGGGCUAAACCUUCAGCAUUUUUACUUGAACCUCGUGAACUAAAUUAUAUGAGUCGUGAUUUUGCUAAAAUGACCACGCAAAUAAGUGCAAAACUUUGGACUCAGAAGACCGAACCAUUCUUAUUACUUAAUCGACGAAUUGGAAAUGCGUAUACAGCAUCACUUUAUUUACAGCUGAUUUCUUUUUUCAUCGUUCGUCGAAUGAGCAAGCUUUAGGUGGUCAACGACUUCUAUUUUUCUCAUACGGUAGCGGAGCAGCUUCAGCAAUGUUUUCUGCCCGGAUAUUGAUACUAGAAAAGGAUACCAAAGAUCAAUGUACUCAAAUAAAACGGAGCGCAGAUGCAGCUAUAGCGUUAUUGGAAGAACGUUUAUGCAUACCUCCAAAACGUUAUAACGAAAUCUUGGCUCUUAGGGAAAAGCUUCUGUCAAGUGGAGCUCCGUAUAGACCGGAAGGUGUGCGAAGCAAUUUGACGAAUGAAUUCAGCCUGUUUCCUAAUACAUAUUAUCUGUUGAAUAUUGGAGACAAGUACAGGCGAUAUUAUGCGCAAACAUCCAGUUAGGACUGCUGUAAUUUGUUUGGGAAUAGUUCUAGGAUAUUCCAUUACUGUAUGUAUCAUUUCUUUUUCAAUCAGUUAUUUUGUUCCUUUUUGCUGAUUGGGAAUUUUAGUUCGAAUUAUUUAUUUUUUUAAAAAUGUUCCAAGCGAUGCAUUUUGUAAGCAGUUAUUCUUGUGUUGUUGUUUUAGUUUUUCGUGUUUUAUCAUACAACCAAAGUGUAUUGCUGGUCCCAUAAUUUAUUUUUAC